AUGCCGGAUGACGAUGACCCAGGCUUCGGAAUGAAGACUGCUACGUUGCGCGAUUACCAACGAAAGCACCACGCGGAAGUGACGGCCCUGUCCCAGGUGGUCGAAGCCAUCCGAGACAUGCAGGCGAUCAGGGAAAAUGGGGCCAAAGUGACGUUCUUAUCAUACUGCAUGUGUGCACAGGUGCGUGGUUGGGUGGAGCUCUUCGUGCCCCACUACCCUUGCUCCAGUUGUACUGGGGCGCUGGUCCAGUUUGCUGCCCGACAUCCUCAGAUAUCCGUGCGUGUCGGCCACGACGACUGGCGGCACUGGCUCAGGAGCCAACACCGUAUUUGCAAUGCAUUGUACGAACAUUGGCUAGGCGACAGGACAGAGGCCUGGGUUCUCUCCGGGAUCCAUGAAACUACAAGCCCAAGCCCUGAGCCUGACCAGGAACCCACAGUUGUGUGGUCUUGUAGCGAGCCUUCUUUAGGUUCUCAGCAGAAGCAGAAGCAGCCUGGAUGCAACAAUAACAGCAGACGUACGGAAACAUGCCUCGCCUGGAGAGCUCAAGUGUGA